AUGGGUUUGUUGAAUAACCAAGAUAAAGAAAAGAUAAAACGUGUCUUACCCAAAAAUUCAAAUAAAAUCAUCGAUGUUGCAAUAGCAAGAUUAUAUAUUGCGUAUCCAAAGGAAAGUGAAUGGACUUAUACAGGUUUAUCUGGUGCAAUCACAUUGAUCGAUGAUCUCGUUGGUCAUACUUUCUUUCUUAAAUUAGUCGACAUCUUUAGUGAUAAUGGUAUCAUUUGGGAUCAAGAAUUAUACGUUAAUUUCCAAUAUUAUCAAGAUCGUACUUUCUUUCACAGUUUUGAAAUUGAAGAAUGUUACGUCGGUUUAUUAUUCGUUGAUACAAAUGAAGCUUCUCAUUUUUUAAAAAGAGUUCAAAAACGUGAAAAAUAUGGCUCAAAGAAAACUCUCAUGAAUAAAAAUGCUUUACAAUUAUCUAAAAAGAUAAGAAAUGAACAAAAAAAUGUUGUCACUCAUGGUCCAAGAGGUGAAACUAUCAUUUCGAAUCAAAGACAAAGAUACAAUUAUGAAAAUGUAGAAAAUUUACCAAGUACGAAGAAAAAAGCUCCUCCUCCUCCACCACCAGUAGAAGAAUUUCAACACGAUACUAGUAAUACUGAUUAUGAUACGCAAGAUGAUGAAAAUAAUGAUAGCUUAUCGGUACCUUCUACUACAACACCCACCAUACAAGAACAAGAACAAGAACAAGAACAAGAAGAGAAACCGGCUCCAGUGAAGCAUAGCGUACCACCGUUACCAGCACAAUUUCAAAAUAAUAAUAAUCCAUUCCCUAUUCCGGAGAGUAAUAAUCCAUUUCCUUUUCCUCAACAGCAGGCAAAUAUGCCAUUCCCUAUUCCACAACAACAGCAGGCAAAUAUGCCAUUCCCUAUCCCACAGCAGCAGCAGGCAAUGGCCCCAGCAUUUAACAGACCAUUGCCCACAGUACCUAAUGGACGGCCUGUCCCAGUACCGCCAAGAUCUAAUCUCGGUGGUGCAGCAACAGCUCCGCCACCUCCCCCUGCAAGACGUGGUCCAGCGCCACCGCCUCCCCCACAUAGAGGAGCUACUACUACAAAUGUAAACAGAUCUAUACCACCCCCUGUGCCUGCUUCUAGAAGAGGCCCUGUACCACCACCUCCCCCAAGAAAUGUAAGAAAUAAUCAAUCUAUGAAUUUACCAAGUAGUAAUACUCCCCCAAUUACAACGUUCAAUACAAAUGUAAAUGCAACUCCAUAUGCCCAGCCGCUUCAAACAGUACCAGUUGCUGCGCCGGUUGCACCACCCAUGCCAAAUCAAUAUGAACCACCUACAUUCGCAGCUCCACAAUCACAGCAACAGUACAAUACGCCAUCUUCACCUGUCGCGUCACCAAUGCCAAAUCAAUAUAACACAUCAGUGCCCGUUGCUCCUCCUCCGCCCCCAAUGUCCACUCAACCAAACACAGCUGCUCCACCUCCACCACCUCCUCCAAUACCUAGUCAAUUCGCUAGUAGUUCUUCCGUUGUUCCACCUCCACCACCUCCACCGUCAGCAAUGGAUGGUAACUCUGGAUUUGUAGAGAGUACGGGCGAUACAGGUAGAGACGCACUGUUAGCAUCAAUUAGACAAUCUGGCGGUAUAUCAGCAUUAAAAAAAGUAGACAAAUCACAACUAGAUAAGCCCAGUGCUCUAUUACAAGAAGCUCGUGGAGAACAAGUAGCUACAACAUCUACCCCAUCGGGAGGCAAUGCCACCGAUCAGGCAUCGUUGGCAGAUGCAUUGGCUGCUGCAUUAAACCAAAGAAAAAGUAAGAUUAGUGGCAAUGACGAUCAUGACAACGGUGACGAUUGGUAA